AAAGGCACCGCUGCAGCCUCUCUGCUCUCUUACUAGCAGCGGCCCCGCCCACCAGGAAGAACACCACCUGAGCUGCUGGCCUCUUCCCGCCUCAGACACACAUAAAAGGAUGCCCGCUGAGCCUGCCGAUGCUGAGCCGCACAAAUGCUCCCCACUUCGUGCGCCUAACUCAGCAGUAGUGCCGCCCUCCACAGAGACAAACUCGUAGGAGGACUCUCACUCUGUCUCUGGCCAGCCCCGGCAGCAGCACGAGAAGCCCAGGAGGAGCAGCUUUCUUCUCCCGCCCCCCCGACCCCCGCGGGACUACAUUCUUGGCAGAAGGCAAGUCCUCUGCUGCCCCCGUUUUUCUCUUGGUCUCCAGCACUGUAGCCGGUUCCUUUCCAGGGCUUGGAGGAAGAGCAACGACCCCGUCUGCUUGCAGCUAAUUGCCCUGCCUGGGCGGGAGGGGCCGAGAGGAAAGCAGUUCUCCGCCUGUUGUGGUGUUUGAGCCAUGGCCACUCUCAGCACGAGGAAAAAACUUCAGGAUGGAGCCACUUGCCCCGUUUGUCUGGACUUCUUCACUGAUCCCGUGACUCUGGACUGCGGGCACAAUUUCUGCCAAGCCUGCAUUGCUCAGUGCUGGGGGGAGCCACCCACAGUUACUGCCUGUCCUCAGUGCCGAGAGAGCUUUCAGCCGAGGGACGUGAAGCCGAACAGGCAACUGGCUAAUGUGCGUGCAAUAGCUGAAGAGUGCAGUGUGCAGGUGAAGCAGGCAGUGGGAGACUGGAGAGUCUGUGAGAAGCACCAGGAGCCCCUGAAGCUCUUCUGCAAGGAGGACGAAGCCCCCAUCUGCAUGGUGUGUGACAGAUCCAAGGAGCACCGAGAGCACGAUGUGGUUCCCGUGGAGGAGGCUGCCCCGGAGUACAAGGGUCAGUUCUGCAGCGUUCUGGAGAAUUUGAAGAAGGGAAGAGAGAAAAUUCUGGCAUUUAAAGCCAAUGCAGAAAAGGAAAGCAAAAACUUUCUUAAUCAGAUCGUAGCAGAGAGGCAAAAGACAGUGGAUGAAUUCAGUCAACUCCACCAGUUUCUGGAAGAGCAAGAGACAUGCCUGUUGACCCAGAUAGAAGAAGUAGAGAAGGAGAUUGCAAGAAGAAGGGAUGAACAUUUGGCAACACUCUCUGAGGAGCUCUCAUCUCUUGAUAACAUUAUCCAGGAGUUGGAAGAGAAGUGUGAGCAGUCAGCAAGUGAGCUUCUGCAGGAUGUUAGAAGCACCUUGCGGAUGUGUAAGGAGAAAGAGAGAUUUGAGAAUCCCGUGACUUUUCCUCCCUCAGUGAAGUGGAGAAUCUGGGACUUUGCUGAUAGAAACACCUUGCUGGAAAAUAUCACGAAGCAGUUCAAAGACAAUCUACUAUUUGGAUUUCAGCUGGAGAAAGCAAAUGUCACUUUGGAUCCGGACACAGCUCAUCCCCUACUCAUCCUGGCUGAAGAUCAUAAGUGUGUGAGAUGGGGAGAGAAAUGGCAAGAUCUGCCCGACAAUCCUGAGAGAUUCAGCAGCUUCUGUAUUGUGCUGGGAUGUGAGGGAUUCACAGCAGGGAGACAUUGCUGGGAAGUCAGUGUGGGAAGUGAGGGAGAUUGGGCUGUGGGGGUUGCCAGGAAGUCUGUGAAGAGAAAGGGCCGUUUCAGAUGGGGACCUGAGGAAGGGAUCUGGGCUGUGAUGAAGCUGGGUGGCUUGUACCUCCCCCCUGCUGACGUUCCUCUGCACUUGAUAGGGGAGCUUAAGCGGAUCCGAGUGAUUCUAAAUUGUGCUGAAGGGCAGGUAGCCUUUUCUGAUGCUGACUCAGCAGCCCCCAUCUGCACCUUCUCAGAAGCCUCCUUCUCCGGAGAGACCCUCCUCCCUUUCUUUUGGCUGGGUGAGAAAACCUCCCUGACACUCUCCCCCUUUAUGGCGGCUCUCAGCGCCAGGAAGAGGUUUGAGGAGGAAGCGACUUGCUCCGUUUGCCUGGACUUCUUCACCGAUCCAGUGACUCUGGACUGUGGGCAUAAUUUCUGCAAAGCCUGCAUCGUCAAGUGCUGGGGGGAGUCCCCAAGAAAAGCCGCCUGUCCUCAGUGCAGAGAGAGAGUUCAGUCUACAAACCUGAAGCCAAACAGGCAGCUGGCCAGUGUGAUCGAAGUAGCCAAAGAGCUGAGUGUGCAGACGAAGCAGGAAGCCGGAGCGGGGAGAGUCUGCGAGAGGCACAAGGAGCCCCUGAAGCUCUUUUGCAAGGAGGAGGAAGCCCCCAUCUGCGUGGUGUGCAACAGAUCCAAGGAGCACCGAGCCCAUGAUGUGGUUCCCCUGGAGGAGGCUGCCCAGGAGUACAAGGAUCAGAUCCAUGGAAGACUAGAGAUUCUGAGGAAGGAGCGAGAGAAAAUCCUGGAAUAUAAAGCAGAUGCAGAAACAGAAAAACAAGCCAUUCUUGAGCAAACAGAAACAGCAAAGCAAAAAGUCGUGGCUGAGUUCAGACAAAUGCACCAGUUUUUGGAAGAACAGGAGAAACGUUUGCUGGCCCAGAUGGAAGAGCUGGAGAGGGAGAUUUUAGCAAGGAGUGAGGAGCACUUGGCCAGACUCUCCGAGGAGCUCUCCUCUCUCGAAUGGACUAUCUGGGAGAUGGAGGAGAAGUGCCAGCAACCAGCGGCUCAACUCCUGCAGGAGAUUAGAAACACCUUGGAGAGUUGUAAGAAGAAGCCAUUUGAGAACCCAGUAGCUUUUCCUCCUGCCCUGAAGUGGAAGAUCUGGGAAUGCCUGGAUAGAAAUCCCUUUUUGAAGGGCAUCAUGAAGCAAUUCAAAGUCACUCUGCUAUCUGAAUUUCAGUCACAGAAAGCCAAUGUCACUCUAGAUCUGGACACAGCUCAUCCCCAACUCAUCCUGGCUGAGUAUCAUAAAAACGUGAGAUGUGGAGAGAAAUGGCAAGACCUGCCCAACAAUCCUGAGAGAUUCAGCAUCUACUGUUUUGUGCUGGGGUGUGAGGAAUUCACAGCAGGGAAACAUUGCUGGGAAGUCUGUGUGGAAAGUGGGGAAUAUUGGGCUGUGGGGGUUGCCAGGAAGUCUGUGAAGAGAAAGUACAUGUUCAAAUGGGGUCCUGAGGAAGGGAUCUGGGCUGUGGGGAAGUGGUAUAAUGGGUACCGGGCACCAAAUUCCCCUGCUGACGUUCCUCUGUGCCUGAGUGGGGAGCCUAAGAGGAUCCGAGUGACUCUAAACUAUGCUGAGGGGCAGGUGGCCUUUUUUGAUGCUGACUCGGCAGCCCCAAUCUAUGCCUUCUUAGAAGCCUCAUUCUCAGGAGAGACCCUUCUCCCCAUCUUUUAUGUAUAUGGAAAAGGCUCCCUGACACUCUCCCCGUGAGGUAGCUGAAGAGUGGAGAUGGAUGUAUAUUAAGCUACAGCAGUUUCAACACUCCUACAACUUAAGUUAAAGAUAAGAGUUGGGGAGCAACCUUCUUUCCCAUUUGAGGAGAAACUGGCUUUGAACAGCUGUGAUUGGUUCAUCCCUGAGUGAGUCAGGAAACCAUUUUAUCUUGCAUCCCACACCAUCAGAGCUAUUUUCAAAGUGAAGGGGAAAACAGAAAUAAGAGAUGGAGCUGAAGGUAGCAGAGCUCACCCUGCAAGGAACCUGCCCCUGCCCCGCAACAUCCACUCCUAUUUCUGUUGGAGUUUGUGUUUAUUUAGCAAAGCACCAGAAGGAAGCUACCCACUCUAAUUACAGAGUAGAGUGCAGAGUUUAGUUGUUGUAGUUAUUUAAAGAACAUGCAUGAAAAUUGUUGUACAACCUAAACUAAAUGACUUGUCUAGCAAGCAGGAGGGUGCUGGUUCGAAUUUCCGCUGGUAUGUUUCCCAGAAUGGGAAACACCUAUAUCAGGCAGCAGCGAUAUAGGAAGAUGCUGAAAGGCAUCAUCUCAUACAGCAUGGGAGGAGGCAAUGGUAAACCUCUCCUAGCAAAGACAACCACAUGGCUCUGUGGUUGCCAGGAGUCGACACCGACUCGAUGGCAUAAUUUUACUUUUACCUUUUGAUAGGAAAGACCUAGUCCUAUCUAUCAGCUACAUAAUGAAUAGGUAGGGAGAGAGAUGUUUCCAUCUGCUCUCUAAGUCAGAGGAAAGGAAAGAGGACUGCCUCGCUACAGGAAAUACCUGAGGAGUCAAGGCAGGGGUCUUAGAGGCAAAGCAGGGACAGAUAAGGAGACUCUCACUGACUACCUCUACUCCCAAUGCCCCUAGUGGUCAUUAGGAUAGUUGGUGCAAAAGGUUGAUGCACUGGAACUCCACCUCAUAGGAACAUAGGAAACUACCAUAUACUGAGUCAGACCAUUGGUCUAUCUAGUUCAGUAUUGUCUACACAGACUGGCAGUGGCUUCUCCAAGGUUGCAGCAGGCAGGAACCUCUCUCGGCCCUAACUUGGAGAUGCUGCCAGGGAUGGAACUUGGAACCUUCUGCUCUUCCCAGAGCAGCUCCAUCCCCUGAGGGGAAUCUCUUACAGGGCUCACACAUCAAGUCUCCCAUUCAUCUGCAACCAGGGCAGACCCUGCUUAGCUAUGGGGACAAGUCAUGCUUGCUACCACAAGACCAGCUCUCCUCUCCAACAGUCUCUUCUCUCUCCUUUAACAGUUUCUGAGUACAUCUGUCUCCAGUCUUGCCUAAGGCAGCCAAAUCUACCCCACAGGCCCUAUGGGGGUAGGUGGGUUUGCUUUCCAGACCAGGUUGAUUAAUAAAACACCAAAUGGUUAUUUGUCAGUAACACCUUUUGCAGCUCUGUAGUGACCACUACAGGCUUUUGACCUUGGUCACCAAAAUGAACUCACUCACUCACUCAGAAUCUGCCUUUUGCCUUCUUUUCAGAGUUCUCUCUUCUUUCUUUAAAAGGCAGUAUCACAAUUAGUAUGAAUACCAUCAUGAGCUUCUUCACAUGACUGUUUGGGGCUUGGCAGGAUCCUAGCCCAGCAGCAGUGGCAGGUCAGGUGUGCAGAGCCGUGUUUGUACUCUGCAACCCACAUGCCCAGACAGCUGCAGCAGUGGUGAGCACAGAACCAGGAGGGUCUCCAAGACUCAGGAGCACCAUCCCACAAUGCAGGGGAAGGGGAAAACCUCAUCACAUCACACCUGCAUUCUGACUGGCCAUGCCAGGGCAGGAGGCAGGGAAAGCCCCAUUCAGGCCUUUGCAAGCCUGAAGGCAACACCUUCCUCAGCCAAGGAUUAACCCUGCAGGCAAACCCCUCCUGUAUUCUACCGAAGAAAACCACAGGGCUCUGUGGACGCCAGAAGUCGGAAUCGACUUGGCGGCACACUUUACCUUUAGCUGCGAAAAAGCGGAGUGCAUACAAGUUGUCCCUCGAAUUUUUUUCAUCUCUGUGCGGAAUGAGUUUUGUUCCGGGCAGCAGUAUCAAGACAGUGUGUGCACACCUGCAUUCAGAAUGGGGCCUUCCUGAUUCAACCUGAGUGGGAUCUAAAAGGAACUGAGCUGAGAUCCAAAAACUUGUGAGCGUACACACGUGCGCACACCUUAGAGGGAACAGUGGUGCAUACCUCAUAGUUAUUAAUUCAGCUUAGGCAUGGGGCAUAGUUAUUAAUUUUGAAACACUAACUCUUAAUGGUUGUUUGAGGAAAUGCAGUCAAUACACCCAGAGUUCUCCCAGUGUGGUUGGACUAGAACUCCAUUGACCAUUUUGGCUGACGAUGGUGGGAGUUCUAAAGGCCAAAGCUUGAAAAUUCCUGAUUUAUAUGUGAUUUAAUCUGUAGUUAACAUUAUAAAUUGGACCCAGUUAUCUUUUAAGAGAGCUUCUGUAUAAUGUAUAUAUGAACAUGGUUCAUAUAUAAAAAUGUUUUUUAAAAUGUGUUGAGAUGUGUAUUUUCAAUAAAGACUUCUCUUCAGACUGAAAAGCAAA